AUGUCGCGCAAUAUUCGACAAAAACACCCCACCAAGACUGCCAGAAAGGCGUCUCAACGACAAGGCUCAGAUACCCCAUCCUCAUUCAGCUUAUCCGACGACGAUGGCUACUCAGCCGUCGAAGAGAUUAGCGACUCUUCCGACGACGAUGAGGAAGAUGUCGAUGCGGUCGAGGAGAGGAACAUUCUGAUAGAAGCCAAGCCUUCUCACUCUCCUCGACCGCAACCCAGCAGCGACGACGACGAUGACCAAGACGACGACGACGACGACGACGUUGAUGACGACUACAGCCAUUUUGUUGUAGACCCGGAUGCCGACGACGAAAGCACCAGCUGGGCUGGUAUCGCCUCCGAGGCAGACGAAGGUCAACCAUCCGACUUCUUCCUUGACUCUUCAUUUUGCUCUGACCCUGCUGUCGAACGCCAUGUCCGCUUUGAUGUUCCCUCCAGCGACUCAGACUCUACCGAGACGGAUGAUGAUGAUGAUGACCAUGGUGACUUGUUUCCAGACAUUUUCAUAUCCCAAACAUCUCUCGACCCCGCUUUUCGCCGCGAGAUAGAACAUGACCCGGAUGAAUCGUCGGGAUCGGGGUCUUUCUGGGACUACAACUGCCUGCAUGACCAGCAAAGGGUGGGUGACUCGGAUGCCGAGGACGUCAUUCGCGAGCUCUCUGAUGAUGAGACCCCAACUGCCACGCCCGCAGUGCCCCAGUUCGAAGCAUCUCCUCCCAAUUUUACUCCUGCUUUGGAGGAGCCGCUGGAGCUUGAUGGAUACGAAACUGAUGGUGAUACGACAGAGGAAGACAUUCCGGAUCCACCGAUUCGCAGAAAGACUCGCCGCCCUUCUGUACCCAUGAGUGAAGCUUCUGACUCGGAUGUGCCCUCACCAGUCAAGUCUCAGCGUGGUCAACCUCGUGUUGGGCGCUUCAACCUUGACCGCUCAGAUAAGAAGCCGAUUGCGGUUUUGAACCCUCUCACGCGCAAAAUGAUGAUCUUUACGCCUCAUCGUCGCCGACAGCUCGACCUCUCACCAGAACAGUUCAACUUGCCCUGGGCCCUAGAGGAGCAGUCGUCUCCUAUUCUCAGCAACUCUGCCAACAUGAUGCUCAGCGCCAUGUUUUCAUGCAACACGUUUGGUGACUUUGUCAAUGCUCAGACCAUGGGUCCCACCGAAGCUUUUUUUCCGUUUUCUUCAGAGGCCAACGCUGCUGAUGGAAGCUCGUCGGCUAGUCUCCAAGGCGAAGAAGAUGAGGCCGAGAAGAAGCUAGAUAUCAGCGAUUUCAUCACUUGGGACGGUAGCAACUCAUCCGGCGAUGAAGGCAACGACGGUACCUGGGAGCCUUCUUCAACACCAGUGAGACCUGCAGCAGCCUCGAGCGAACGCGAGAUGCUGUCGCAUCUUAAUUCAGCUACCGUCGGCGCUUUCCGACGCAACCAAAUCAACCAGCAGCUGAUUUUGAGCAACAAGGCCACCCAAGACUCGCUCGCCUUUAGCGGCCCUUACAACUACUCGGCAAUCAGGGGACUCAAGUCGGAUCGUUUUGACACAGCAGGCAUUCCCCUGACCCCGAUUCGACGCCAAAAGAAGCACGCGAGCGAAGCGAUACGCAGCCCGCUAGAGUCUGUUUCGGCGAAGCGAAAGGCUUCCGGUGACGUCGGCAACGGCCACAAGAGACACAGGAGCAUCUCUGAUGUCAAUUACCUCCGCAUAUGA